GCCAAAGAUGAUACACCGUGUGAAUUGCUCGUCUAUGGCCGUUCACCAAUGAUUGCAUGUUCCCACUCUCCACUUCCGAGCAUCCAUCCCAUCAUAGAUUCUCCCAUCUCACACCCUGAUCCUCACUCACUUCCAAGCACAAACAACAAGCACUCCAUAUCCUCGAGUCAUUCAUGGUCUUCUUUGUGAAUCCGGAACCCCCCUGAACAUUCUGUAAGGUUCACACGCCAUUUCACUCCCAACGAUGCUCCCCAACAUUGAUGCGGCCAUCCUCGAGGCCCUAGGCCUCGAAGCAACUAGCUCAAAGCUAGUAUCUCACGGAGGCUCAGGUUUCUCUUCCACAUACAAGCUAAUGGCCACCAAAGACGGCCAAGAGCUCACUUUCUUCAUCAAGACCGGCACCGGCCCCAACGCCGAGCUCAUGUUUCGAGGCGAGCACGCCUCCCUCAACGCCCUCCACGCGGCCGACCCCUCCCUACACCUCGCCCCGCGCUCCCACGCGCACGGCGCCCUACACAGCUCACCGGGCAAGUUCUUCCUGGCGACCGACUUCCUGGACAUGCGAUCGACCGCAUCAGGCGGCACCGGCCUCUCGCUCGCAGCCAAGCUGGCGCGGCUGCACACCACGACGGCGGCGGCACCGGUGCCGGAGGGCUUCGCGCGGCCGGCGUACGGCUUCCCCGUGCCGACGUGCUGCGGCGCGACGCGCCAGGACAACGCCUGGACCGAGUCGUGGGCCGACUUCUACGCCGAGCGCCGGCUGCGCGCCGUGCUGGCCGAGGGGGCGCGCAGGAACGGUCGGGACCGGGAGCUGGCCGAUGCGGUGGGCAAGGUGGCGGGCGUGGUGGUGCCGCGGUUGCUUGGGGAUGGCCAUCUGAAGGGGGCGAGGCCCGUGCUGGUGCAUGGGGACUUGUGGAGUGGGAAUCAUGGGCGGGCGAGGAUUGCCGGCAAGGGAGGGGUUGAGGAGGUCGUGUUUGACCCGGCCUGUGUGUAUGGGCAUUCUGAGUAUGAGCUGGGGAUUAUGCGCAUGUUUGGGGGGUUUGGGAGCGCGUUCUGGAGGGAGUAUGAGAGCUUGGUUCCAAAGGCCGAGCCGAAGGAGGAGUGGGACGACCGGAUUGCGUUGUAUGAACUAUACCAUCACCUCAACCACUACGCGUUAUUUGGCGGGGGGUAUCGGAGUGGCGCCAUGUCCAUCAUGCAGAAGUUGAUUUCAAAGUAUGGGGACGCCUCUGACUAGAGCGACGAGACGGAUCUGGGGGGUGUACGCUAGGGGCUGUUCUUGUCACGAAAUGUAGUGUCAUGCCACACGCCAACAACAAAUGAUGAGGCAUGAUCGAACAAUUAGGU